AUGGCCGAGCAAGCGAAAGCAGCUCAUAGGGCUUUCCAGAUUGCAAAAGCGAAGGCACUCAAGGUACAGAAGGUGUUGAACAAGCACCAGGCUGGGGCCUCCAAGUAUCAAACACCGAAUGAAGACGACAGGGGCGCUAAAGGUGAACCUCCGGUUCACGAUACGGGGUUGAUAGCACAGGAAGAAGUUAUCAAGGAGAAGGCAGCAACAGUCGCCCGAGAUGUUCAUCUAUUUGACGCCUUCACACUAAAGAUCCAGUGUCUUGAUGCCAUAAGCGACAUCACCACUGUCGUUGUCGUCGCUGCUAUCAUUGCAAAACGAUUUUCCGAUGUUCUUUGCCCUUGCGUAUGUCGCGUCAAUGCAACUUGGAGAAAAAGGGAAUGUAAUGGGCCUCACUAA